UGCACCGGGGCCGAAAAGCCGGAACCGGUCUUUCUUCGUCUGUCUCUGGGUGUGUGGGUUUUUUUUUUUUUUUUACAUCCACGCGUCUGCGCAGAGUAUCUCUUCCUUUUUGACGUCGACCAACAUGCCUAAACCAAAAAAAGGAAAGAAGAAGGUUGCCGCAGCACCUAUUCUUUCAAAGAAAACAGAGUCGAAAAAGGUUGUAAAUCCUUUAUUUGAGAAGACUCCGAAAAACUUUGGAAUCGGUCAGGAUAUACAACCAAAGCGUGACUUGAGCAGAUUUGUAAAAUGGCCAAAAUAUGUUAGACUGCAGCGACAAAAGGCCAUUUUGAAACAGAGGCUGAAAGUUCCACCACCCAUCAAUCAGUUCACUCAAGCACUAGACAGACAGACGGCAACUCAGCUGUUCAGACUGUUUGAUAAAUACAAGCCAGAAACGAAGCAACAAAAAAAGGCUCGUUUGGGAGCUAGGGCUGCUAGUCGAGCUGCAGGCAAGGAUGACGUUCCAACAAAACGACCCCCUGUUGUGAGAUCUGGGGUGAACACUGUCACUACAUUGGUAGAACAGAAAAAAGCUCAACUUGUGGCCAUAGCCCAUGAUGUGGAGCCCAUUGAAAUUGUCCUCUUUUUGCCAGCUCUUUGUCGCAAGAUGGGUGUUCCAUACUGCAUAGUUAAAGGAAAGGCCCGACUUGGACGUGUUGUUCACAGGAAGACUGCAGCGUGCUUAGCCAUCGCAACAGUUAACCCAGAAGACAAACCUCAACUCAACAAGCUGACUGAGGCUGUGAAGACAAACUACAAUGAGAGGGCAGAUGAGAUCCGUCGACACUGGGGUGGUGGAAUCAUGGGAUCCAAAUCACAAGCGAAAGCAGCAAAGAUUGAGAAGGCUCGAGCAAAGGAACUUGCACAAAAAAUGGGAUAAUUGUACAAUUGAAAAAAAGAAAGAAAAGCAAAACAUAAAUUAUUCCCAGAA